AUGCCAGCGAUCCCCGGGACUAGUAUCGUUAUUCCUGUGGACUCGACAAUGGGGGCGUGCUUGAUUGGUUCAUUUCUCUCUUGCAUUCUGUACGGGCUGACUCUACUGCAAACAUACCAUUACUGCUGUAGGUAUUGGGGUAAGGACAAAUUGUACAUCUACAUCCUGGUAGCAACUCUAACCGUGCUGGAUACCUUCGGGAUCAUCUUGAAUAUCAAAGGCCUAUGGUACUACCUCAUCGACAACUACGGAAAUGUGCUCAGCAUCCUCUUCAUCGAUUGGACCCUCGCCAUUUUUAUCAUCGUGACAGCUUUGACUUCCAUCCUAGUUCAAGCGUUUUAUUCCUACCGUCUAUGGAUGAUCAGCGGCAAGAAGAUGGUUGCCCUUCCUGUUAUUAUAAUGUUACUUGGCUUCGUGGCUCUGGCUCUGUGCAUCGUAUACAUGGUCCUUAUGCUCAGAAAUGGGGCAAUCUUGUACAUUCCGACCGUCACAUACCUCCCGACCUCCGCUCUCUCACUCAGCCUUGCUUCUGAUAUUCUGAUCACCUCAAGUAUGACCUAUGUUCUUAUGAAACACAAGGGCGAAGUACGGAUACGGCAAACGCGGAAUACGCUCAGAAAGCUGGUUAUGUACACGAUCUACACUGGUUCUCUCACAAUUGUAUGUACGACUUGCGCUUUGAUCAUAGGUCAAGUCCUCUCCCACACGGAGUACAACACGAUAUUCUUCUUCCCAUCUGGCAAGUUCUACGUUAACUCUAUGCUCGCCUUCUUGAAUGCACGCGACUCCCUUCGGGGAGAAAAUUCCCUUAUCAGCGUCAGUCUAUCAAAUAUGGGGAACUCAACGUCGGGCGACUCAGAAAUGGCCACCGGAUCGGAAUCAAGGGGGCCACGUUCAAACAACUCUACUAUUAAAUUCGCCCCUGUCCCAACAGUUGCAAGUGUUACGAGUGAAGGGAAAUAG